AUGGCAUCCAGAGACCUGACCAUGGGCAUCUUUUUCCUGUCUCAGACUGUUCUGGGAAUGCUGGGGAACUCAGCCUUGCUUUGUUGUUUAAUCAUCGCUGACUUCACUGGGAUCAGGACAAAGCCUGUAGACCGAAUUGUCAAACACCUGACUUGGGCCAACAUCAUGGUUGUUAUCUGCAAAGGAAUCCCUCAGACAAUGACUGCUUUUGGUCAUACAUAUUUUCUAGAUGAAACUACAUGUAAACUUAUCUUUUAUUUGCAUAGAGUUUCUAGGGGAUUUUCCCUUGGUUCCACAUGCCUGUUAAGUGUCUUUCAGGCCAUCACUAUUAGCCCAAGCAAUUCCAAGUCUGCACAGCUGAAGGCCAGAGCCCCCCAAAUCAUUGGUCCUUCCCUGGUACUGUGCUGGUCCCUGUGUCUACUUUUAAAUAUCUUCUUAAUCAUGACAGUGACUGACAUGACAGAUAAAGGAAAUCUUACUGAAUUUAUCCACUUGGUGUACUGUGUAGGAGUAAAGGGUUCCAAGCACUUUCGCGCAGGAUAUGUGAUCAUAUUGGCUUCCACGGAUGUCAUGUGUUUAGGACUCAUGAUGUGGACCAGUGGCUCCAUGAUGUUUUUCUUGCUCAAGCAUAAGCAGAGGGUCCAGUAUAUUCACAGGUCCUUGGCUAAUAAGUCCUUUCAUGAGAUCAAAGCUACACAAAGUAUUGUUACCCUAGUGAGCAGUUUUGUAUUUUUUAAUGGAACUUCUGUCAUCUUAGCGUUGUAUUUUUCUUUACAUUUUCAAUUGACAUUGCUUGCCAAUGUCAGUGUGGCCAUGAAUGCAUGCUUCCCAGCACUGUGCCCCUUUCUGCUCACAAGAAACUAUAUUAGGGUUUUUAAGCUCAGCAGUAGUUAG